AUGUCCGAUAGCGAGUCUCCGUUCGAGAGAGAGCCCAAUGCGUUAGAUGGGGAGUCAUCUGAUGAUCAGGGGGAUACGAAUAGUGAGGCCGUAAGCCUCAAUGCUGAGGGUGGAAAAGAUACCGAUGUCAAAAUACUCGGUGAGGGGACAAGUUCCGUUCCUACCCACGGCAUCGGGAGGGGACUUAUGACAACCCAGCCAGUACCGUUGGUUGUGGUGUAUAGCGUCAGUAGUCAUGCCGAUGCGAACCAGCAUUGCGAGUUCCAUACGGGGGGUACUCGGGUGCCAGACGAGCACACCUGCUAUCAAUCGGAGACCUCCACUUCUGCCCGUAGAGAGGCAACUACCAAACCUAUUUCACAAUCGAUCGAGGGUAUCCAUAGUUCACUGGGGAAACCCUAG